GACGUCCCUUUCUUCUCUUUUCUUUUAUCGUUUGUGAAAUCACGACCAUGUCGUCGCAGAAUCAGAAUAGGUCGUUGGAGCAAGCUGGACCCUCCGGCUCCGGUGGACAGGUGGGAGUGAGAGUAGUGAAUUGGAGUGGUUCCGAUAGGCUUUGCAUAAGCCCUAAGCGAGAUCACAAGCCCGAAAACUAUGACGACCUUCAAUUCGAGUUCAAUCCUAAUAUCUUCGCCUCUCUCGAGCACUAUUUGCCUCCUCAUAUGCUCAACCUCUCACGUGAUGUUAAGCUUCACUACAUCAGGAACAUUCUUCUUCGCUAUUUGCCUGAGAAUGACCGCAUUUGGAUUCAAAAGCUGAGGGAAUACAGGCUAAAGAUCAUAUUGAAUUAUCCACCGCUGCAUAAGGAGAUAUUUACUAUGGAUGCUGAGAGCUUUUUCGUACCAUCAUUUCUCAGAGCAAUAAAAGAAAACACAGAAGCGAGUUUUAGAAGUAUAAUGGCUGAACCUUGUAAAGGAGUUUAUACAUUUGAAAUGCUUCAACCACAAUUUUGUAAAAAACUGAUGUCUGAGGUGGAUCAUUUUGAAAGAUGGGUCCAUGGUACCAAACUCAGAAUCAUGCGACCUAAUGCAAUGAAUAAAAAUAAACAUGGUGUUAUUCUUGAUGAUUUUGCCUUUGAAGCCAUGCUUGACAGAUUUAUGUGUGAUUUCAUACAACCUAUAUCUCGAGUUUUCUACCCUGAACUUGGUGGAUCCUCACUGGACUCUCACCAUGGUUUUGUUGUUGAAUAUGGAAUUAAUAAGGAUGUGGAACUUGGCUUACAUGAGGAUGAGGCAGAAGUCACCUUAAAUGUUUGCUUGGGAAAAGAAUUUUCUGGUGGAGACCUGUUCUUCCAGGGUGUUCGAUGUGAUGCACAUGUAACUACAAAUACGCAACCAGAGGAGGCCUUCAAUUAUUCCCAUGUCCCAGGACACGCAAUUCUUCAUCCUGGUCGUAACCGGCAUGGCACUAGACCUACAACAUCUGGGAAUCGGAUGAAUUUAAUUCUCUGGUGUAGAAGUUCGGCUUUUAUAGAGUUGAAGCGAUAUCAAAGAGAUUUUUAUAGCUGGUGUGCAGAAUGCAGACGCAAGAAGGCAGAGAGAGUGCGUUUGUCAGUUGUGGCCGCCAAACAGGAAUUACUAAAGAGCGAAAUAUAAUUUGCCUCAUGAACUUGCACAUGUGAAUUGUGCUUGUAUAGUUGAUUCACAUCAUUGAACUUCUUUUCUGUUUCUAGAUUCUGUAUUAUUUUUAACGAAAUGAAAUAUGAUUGAAGUUGCAAGUUAUAAGCAUGAUGAACUUGAUACCCGAA